AUGUCCUUGAUUCACCGACGGCUAUAUCGUAUAUCUGGAUUAUCGUCUGUUAAUGCUUGGAAUUUGCAGAUACGAGAAGCGGUUAAUAGAAAUGAUCCGGUGGAAUCACUUCUUCUGUUUCGAGAAAUGAAGCGCGGAGGAUUUGAACCGAACAACUUUACUUUUCCAUUUGUGGCGAAGGCGUGUGCUAGGCUCGCUGAUGUUGGGUGCUGUGAGAUGGUUCAUGCACAUUUGAUAAAGUCUCCGUUUUGGUCUGAUGUGUUCGUUGGGACAGCGACGGUUGACAUGUUUGUGAAAUGUAAUUCUGUGGAUUAUGCCGCCAAGGUGUUUGAGAGAAUGCCUGAGAGAGAUGCUACCACUUGGAACGCAAUGCUGUCUGGUUUCUGUCAGUCGGGUCACACGGAUAAGGCGUUUUCUCUAUUUCGUGAAAUGAGACUCAACGAGAUUACACCUGAUUCUGUGACUGUUAUGACCUUGAUUCAAUCUGCAUCGUUUGAAAAAAGUUUGAAGCUUUUGGAGGCUAUGCAUGCGGUUGGGAUACGUUUAGGUGUAGAUGUACAAGUUACAGUUGCCAAUACUUGGAUUUCUACUUAUGGGAAAUGUGGUGAUUUGGAUUCAGCAAAGUUGGUUUUCGAAGCUAUUGACAGAGGUGACAGAACUGUUGUGUCUUGGAAUUCUAUGUUCAAAGCAUAUUCAGUUUUUGGUGAAGCAUUUGAUGCUUUUGGUCUUUACUGUUUGAUGCUGCGUGAAGAGUUUAAGCCGGAUUUGAGUACGUUUAUUAACUUGGCUGCAUCGUGUCAGAACCCUGAAACACUAACACAAGGAAGAUUGAUUCAUUCUCAUGCAAUCCAUCUCGGUACAGAUCAAGAUAUAGAAGCGAUCAAUACCUUUAUUUCUAUGUAUUCGAAAUCCGAGGAUACCUGUUCAGCGAGGCUUUUGUUUGACAUAAUGACUUCCAGAACAUGUGUUUCUUGGACUGUGAUGAUAAGCGGGUAUGCUGAGAAGGGCGACAUGGAUGAAGCUUUGGCCUUAUUUCAUGCCAUGAUCAAAUCAGGAGAGAAACCAGAUCUAGUUACCUUACUCUCCCUCAUUUCAGGUUGUGGAAAAUUUGGUUCACUUGAGACUGGAAAAUGGAUAGAUGCUAGAGCAGAUAUAUAUGGGUGCAAGAGAGAUAAUGUCAUGAUUUGCAAUGCUCUUAUUGAUAUGUACUCAAAAUGUGGAAGUAUACAUGAAGCUCGAGACAUAUUCGAUAACACGCCUGAGAAAACUGUUGUCACAUGGACUACAAUGAUAGCUGGAUAUGCUUUGAACGGUAUCUUUCUCGAAGCUUUGAAACUUUUUAGCAAGAUGAUAGAUUUGGAUUAUAAACCAAACCACAUAACAUUCCUUGCCGUCCUUCAAGCUUGUGCUCAUUCGGGUUCUCUGGAGAAAGGUUGGGAGUAUUUCCACAUCAUGAAACAAGUAUACAACAUCAGCCCUGGACUAGACCAUUACUCUUGUAUGGUAGAUCUUCUUGGAAGAAAAGGAAAGCUCGAAGAAGCAUUAGAACUCAUCCGUAACAUGUCAGCUAAACCCGAUGCUGGCAUAUGGGGUGCAUUGCUAAAUGCCUGCAAGAUCCACCGUAAUGUAAAGAUAGCUGAGCAAGCCGCUGAGAGUCUUUUUAACUUAGAACCGCAAAUGGCAGCUCCUUAUGUAGAAAUGGCAAACAUAUAUGCAGCUGCUGGUAUGUGGGAUGGUUUUGCGAGGAUUAGAUCAAUUAUGAAACAGAGGAACAUUAAGAAGUAUCCAGGUGAAAGCGUGAUCCAGGUAAACGGAAAGAAUCACAGUUUCACUGUAGGAGAACAUGGUCAUGUAGAGAAUGAAGUCAUAUACUUUACGCUGAAUGGUUUGAGUUUGUUUGCCAAAGAUAAACACGUAUUGUAUAAAGAUGUGUACAAAGAACAAAGUUAUGAACUUUUCAUUUGA